CUCUCCCCCUCCCUCCUCUUCUUCUCCUCCUCCGUCUUCCUUCUCUCAUCUCGCCGGCGGCCGUGUGCAUCGUUGGGUGGUCUCGAAGCUUCAUUCCGCGGCCAAGGCGCCGUUUCGGAACUCCUCUGCUUCGCCUCCCGGCGGCGAGCUGGCUUUCGAGGAUCACCGAAAGAUCGGUGUUUUGCGGAGCAAACAGAAGAAAGUCAUGGUGAGCCCGAUGUUUCAGCUGGGGAACGAGGACAUGGGUCCGCCAUGGCUGCGGCCGCUCUUGAAGGCGAGCUUCUUCCACUCCUGCGAGAUCCAUGGAGAUUCCAGCAAGAGCGAGUGCAACCUGUACUGUUUGGACUGCAUGGGCGACGCCCUCUGCUCUUAUUGCCUCCCCGACCACAGCGAUCACCACGUCGUUCAGAUCCGGAGAUCGUCGUACCACAAUGUGAUCAGGGUGUCGGAGGUGUCCAAGCUCAUAGACAUCUCCUGCAUCCAGACGUACAUCAUCAACAGCGCCAAGAUCGUCUUCCUCAACGAGAGGCCGCAGCCGCGACCCGGAAAGGGCGUCACCAACACCUGCGAGAUCUGUUGCCGCACCCUCCUGGAUUCCUUCCGCUUCUGUUCCAUCGGCUGCAAGCUGAGGGGCCUGAGGACGGACCCGGAGCUCACCUUCAAGCUCCGCGCCAAGCCCAGCCGCGAGUUGGCGCAUGGUUCCGACUCCGACGAUGAGUUGCGGACCCCAAGGAAGGUGGCCAAGACCUCGAACGAAGGCAGCAGUAGCAUUUCCUCGGGGACUCCUCCCACCAUGAGCUACCGGACACACCCCCGGAAGGGUAUACCACAUCGAUCUCCACUACAGUGACUCAGAAGAAAGGAGAUGAAACGAAGGUGAAGCUUCCAAUGUUUGUAGAAGAAAGAAGAGGAAAAAGUGUAGAUAAUAAUGUGAAUAAAUGUGGGGAGAUGCCCACCACAUACUGCACAAAGAACAGAUACAUAGGAAUAUGAAAAGGAGAACAAAAGUUAAUAGCUUCUCUUAGGGUAUUUUAAUUCAUGGCGUACAUAAGA